CGACUCAUUCGCGUCACUUGCGUUCCACUUUCGACCGCCUCCCUUCACGGCCCCAAGAAGAAGGGAACGCCCGGUACAGGGGCGGGCUGUGCUACUUCCCCAUUACGGUAAAGAACCGGAAGUUGGUCCGACGCUGCGCCGCGCCCCCCGCCGCCACUUCCGGUCCUGUCCGGUUUCCCUCAGAAGCGGUGUUUACCGCUCCGAAUGGCGGCGGCUCGUUUCGCUUGGGCGCUGGCGCUUUGGGUCGUAGUAGUCGCAGCGACGACGACGCAGUCGAAUAAGACGGUGCCUGUCGAGGCCGCGUCUCUUUCUCCUCCGCAGCCGCCGAAAGAGAAAAGCCGCGAGGGUGCCUCCCGGCCCGCCUCCACUCCCACAACCAUGACGACAUCCGGGUCCCCGCCGUCGGGGCUGUCGGGAUUGGGCCUACCGGCCCUUCAUCGAGCGCUCUACGUCGUCGCCGGCCUGGCAGGCAUCGGCCUCCUCUACUACCUCGGGGGCCGCACGCUUCGGACAAGGAAACCUCCACGGAAAAAAUAUGGACUUCUGCCUAACUCAGAAGAUCCCAUGGAGAUGGCUUCUCUAGAGAGUGAUGAAGAUACAGUAUUUGAAACAAGGAAUCUGAGACGGUGAUAAUAGGACUUGUGGUUUUUUCCAACUUGACCAGAGAAGAAGCAGAUUCACCACUGGAAGAAACUUGGACCCCUGUUACUAAAAUAAUAAUGAUAAUAAUAAUAAUUCCUGAAGCUCCUUACAAUGUGAAAACCCAGCAGUGUGAAACUUUCUCUUCAGGCCGGCAAAGAAGAGAAUUGUCAUACCCUCUUGCCUCACAGCCACUACGAUGAAUGUGUCUGCCUGGAGAAUGAAUUGCAGAGAAAAUGAGGGUUUCCCAGGGUGGGUCUUUAUACAUUCCUAACAAAUAUGGAGCGAGCAGCUAAGAUGCAAAGCUGCCCUUCACAGUUUGAAGCUGGUACCAGCUUCUGUUGCUUCAAAUGGGAUCUUUCUUUUAAAGAAAGUUGGACCUUCUUAAGGUUGGAAAGUGCAGGGAUGCACUUUGCGGCUGGCACUGCCCUUAGGAAAAGCUGGUGGGUUCAGGUAAGGUGUGACACCCUAGAGGACACUGAGUCAAGGUCCGGUCAUUCACCAGCUGCUGCGUUAGGAAACCGCAGGUUGUCCGCCUGGUUUGGCCUCUACCUGGAUCUCCUGUUCUGCUUUCCUGUUGUGUCAUUGAGAAAAAGCUGCUGUCUGCUUUUGAAUUUAGUUGUAUAUGAAGCAAUAUCAUUCCAAGAAGAACAGCCGGAGCAAAAAACAUGCAAGCCGUUAGUUGCUCUGGUAACUGAAGACAUGGUGCUGGCGCUUGGUAGUUUCUGAAAAGAAAUUUGCUUUCCUUUUUAGUUGAUUACAUUGCAGUGACCCUGUUUAGGGCUCAGCCUGUUUUAUGCUUGCAACCAUCUUUGAUGUUGGCAUCUCUUCUCCCGGGGAGAAGUAAACAGUGCCACCAUAGAGUGCUUAACCUUUGGAAGAAUGGGUUUACAAAUGAAGGAUAGCAGUAGGUGCUCACGAGCAUCUUAAAAUACAGUGAGAUUGCAGCCAUAUCUUAGCAGGUGCAGGCUGGGCCAGUAGCUGCAAAUGAAAAUAAGUAAAACUUGGCCCUUUCACCUUUCCUGCUAAACAGGAAAGAUACUUUUCUCCAAAUAAAUUAAUCCAGGUCAGUUUGAACAUUUAAUUCAUUGCAGUUCUUUCCUCUUUGAUAAUAUACUAUGACAAGCCAGCUUGAAAGUAAUAUUCCAGUUACAUACAAAAUAUUGUUUUGGAGAGGACAGUACUUGGAGAAAUAAGAACUGAAUGGGUCUUUGUUCAGCACUGUAAGUGAAUAAUAAUAUAUGUAAUGAUAUGUAUCUGACCAGUAAUGGAGGUAUUAUGUCCUUGAGUAAAAAUCCUUUCUUGGGACCCAAGAAAUCAGCAAUAUUUGAAUUGCCAAACUGAGAUGAUCAGUUCAGGCUUGGUCCUUUGAAUGCUUACUGGGACCAGCUGCUGUUGGGAGCUUUUUUAAAAAGAUCUUAAGACAGUAAGCUUGUAUUAAAACAAUGUAAUCAAAUGUUUUCAGGUUAAGA